CCCAGCAGAACCUGUGCCUGGCCUCCCCCAGUGCCCCCAGCCCACACCUGGCCCUGAGCCCUGGCCAGCGUGAUUCCAGAAUGGCCCAGCUGGACAUUCGCCUGAUGCAACCAUCGUGCCACCGCCAGGCCCUUGCACAACACAGGCACCCCACUGGCUGGUUAACGAUUGACCGGGGGUUAAAGGGUGUCAGGACAUAAAAGGAGGCAGCAGUGGUGCCGUGGCUGUACCUCCAACGCCUCAGCCAUGCCCGUGCUCACGCUGUGUCUGCUGUGUGCCCUAGCAACGGAGGCCUGGCCUGCCUCUGCAGCCCCCGUGGGGAGCCUGGAGCCAGCACAGCAUGAGGAGCUGACCCUGCUCUUCCAUGGGGCCCUGCAGCUGGGCCAGGCCCUCAACAGUGUGUACAGGGCCACAGAGGCACAGCUGGUGGAGGCCAAGCAUAGCCUCGGCCUCUAUGGCCGUGCACUGGGGCUUCUGGGGCAGGAGGUCAACCAGGGCCGGGAUGCAGCCCAGGAGCUACAAGCAAGCUUGCUGAAGAUGCAGAUGGAAGAGGAUGCUCUAAAGCUGCAGGCAGAAGCCACGGCCCAGGAGCUGGGAGAGAUGGCCCAGGGACAGCAGGUGCUGCGGGAGAGCAUGCAGCAGCUAGAAGUCCAGCUGAGAGGUGCUUGGCUGGGCCAUGCCCAUCGAGAAUUUGAGGACUUAAAGACCCUAGCUGAUAAGCAGAGCCACAUCCUAUGGGUCCUCAAGGGCCACGUGCAGCGACAGAGGCAGGAGAUGAUGGCUCAGCAGCACCGGCUGCAACAAAUCCAAGAGAGACUCCACACAGCGGCGCUCCCAGCCUGAGCCUGACCGGUGGAACUGAGGAUGAGUCGUGCACCAAGGGAUGCUCCCACAUCCCAUGUGGCCCCCACACAGGGAGGAGAGUGGCCUGUCUGCUGGGGUUGGCCAGGCUGCCGCGCCCGCUUCCGGCCACGGAGCAGACACAGAAGCAGGUGGGGUCGAAGGCAGAAGACAUGGCCCCACUGAGGAGGGGUGAAGGAAGACACAUGUCCCUCCAUUCCUACAUACAUACCCAUUAAAGCAAGUAGUGGCAUCUCA